AUGUUAAAGGUGAAUAAGCUAAAUCGAACCAAGGCCAAGCUAGCUGUUACAAAGCCUUUCACUACUACGACAGCUGAGCCUGUGCCAGAAGUUCAUCAUCGUCGUAUUGGUAGAACAAGGAGACUGAAGUUAGUCCCACUGAAUGGAAGCGCUGUCCGUGUUCCUUCUCGUGUUCAUCAGAAUCCCGAAACUACCACUGUAACUCCUACUACCGUUCCAAAAACCGUGCUUGUUACACCGUCGGAAAAAACGAAUGAUCAGGAAAUAUUAUUGGAAGCGACAGCAGAAGCGCUUCAGAAAUCAUCAAAGUUUGUGAGUGGACAUGCGAGAGCUGGAAAGAAGCAUUCCAAUGUUGUGAUAGUAGACGAAGUUGCGAAGAAAACGGUGACGAUCAGUCCGUUUAGACGUCGUCUUCGACACAGUGGAAUCAGUCAUAGUAAGAUUCACCGAAUCUCAGCUUGA